UUCGACCAAUUAUGACUGGUGCCGGUGCCCAAAAAAACCGGCACCGUCGGCUCCGCGAAGUUGCUGGGUCAGAGUUGAGCACCGCAAACGUCACUAUGGCUGUUGUCACAGCAACCACGCCGCGUUGGGGAACGUCACUUAUGUUUUUAGCUUUAGCAACAUACCUCUAGCUAAUACUUGUAACCAGCCGUAAAAUGUCAAGUUUGGGUGAGAAAAGUAAUGUAUCGUGGUCCAUUGAGGAAAUGAACGCGUUAAUUGGCAUAUGGGCAUCUACCGAAAUUCAGGAGAAGUUAGAGGGGGCUGUUAGAAAAGCGAAGAUUUACGAGGAAAUUAGAGUAGAAUUGGCUGGGGUGGGCUUCCACAGAACGGUGGACCAAAUUACAAAUAAAUUGAAAAAAAUAAAAAAGGAAUACCGGGACUACAAUGCAGAUAUGGCCAGAAGUGGUGCAGGGAGGAGUAAAAUAAAAAGUGGCAUCAAUGUAACACUUUUGGAGAAUGUGAUGGGUCGCAGACCAGCCAACCGCCUGGAUGGAGCCCUGAACUCCAGGGUAGUAGCCGCAAACGAGCGCACUGCCACAGAGAUAUUGGAGGGGAUGUGCAAUCAGUACGUCGAACAUGAUGAAGCAGAUGAUUUGGAGGCCCCUGCUGAAGAGCCACCAGCUGAGCCAGCUGAGCCUGCGCCAUCAUCGUCAGUGCGUACAGAAUCGAGGAAGGGGAAGAGGAAAUCUCCCCAGGAGGAGCUGUUGGAGAGUAUGGAGAGGAUGGAGGAACGAAGAGACCAUGUGUUUCUGGAACAGAGUCGCCAGUUUAAUGAGGCUUUUUUUUUUACAGAGAAUGGACACCUCUAGCACUGCACUCAUCAAUUUGUUAGGCCGUAUUGUGACCGCCAUAGAGAAGGAGCAAUAAACAAAUACACACACCCACAAACACCCCCCCCCACCACGUACGCACGCACGCGCGCACACACACACACACACACACACACACACACACACACACACACACACACACACACACUAACGCACACCUCCACCCACACCCACACUGCUAUACUAUUCAUACAUUUUUCUUUUUUCUUCUACAACAUUUAUACUGUUUAUACUAUUUACGCUAUUUGUAUUGUAAUAAUAAUUUAUGUGAAUUUAAUAAAUUAUCUGUUUUCACACA